GUCCGCAUUCCCCGCACCCACCCACGUCUUCCCGGGAGUCGUAUCUCGAGCAUGGAGGUUACUGAGACCGUUAUUUCUUCAUGGCCUGCCUAGCUUAAGCAGUAGCUGGAAAAGAUGUCUCGGGCUGUUCGUCUUCCAGUCCCCUGUCCUGUUCAACUUGGUACCUUAAGAAAUGACUCCCUGGAAGCUCAGCUUCAUGAGUAUGUCAAACAAGGGAACUAUGUGAAAGUGAAGAAAAUUCUUAAGAAAGGAAUUUAUGUUGAUGCAGUUAACUCCUUGGGCCAAACAGCACUUUUUGUUGCGGCGUUAUUGGGCCUUAGGAAAUUCGUUGAUGUUCUGGUGGAUUAUGGAUCAGAUCCAAAUCACCGCUGCUUUGAUGGGAGCACCCCUGUCCAUGCAGCAGCAUUUUCGGGCAAUCAGUGGAUCCUUAGCAAACUGCUGGAUGCAGGAGGUGACCUGCGACUCCACGAUGAGAGGGGUCAAAACCCGAAGACUUGGGCUUUGACAGCAGGAAAGGAGCGUAGCACCCAGAUAGUGGAGUUCAUGCAGCGCUGUGCCUCACACAUGCAGGCCAUCAUCCAGGGCUUCUCUUACGACCUCCUGAAGAAGAUAGACUCCCCGCAGCGGCUUGUCUACAGCCCGCCCUGGUGUGGGGGCCUCGUGCAGGGAAACCCUAAUGGCUCUCCUAACAGACUGCUUAAAGCUGGAGUCAUUUCUGCUCAAAAUAUCUACAGCUUUGGUUUUGGGAAGUUUUAUCUUACUGGAGCGACACAGAUGGCCUAUCUAGGAUCUCUUCCGGUCAUUGGAGAAAAGGAAGUGAUUCAAGCUGAUGAUGAGCCCACCUUCUCUUUCUUCAGCGGCCCCUACAUGGUCAUGACCAACCUAGUGUGGAAUGGGAGCAGGGUCACAGUGAAAGAGCUGAAUCUCCCCACCCACCCACACUGCAGCAAGCUGCGGCUGGCCGACUUGUUAAUUGCCGAGCAGGAACACAGCAGCAAGCUGCGGCACCCCUACUUGCUACAGUUGAUGGCUGUGUGUCUCUCCCAGGACCUAGAGAAAACCCGCCUUGUGUACGAGCGCAUCACUAUCGGCACAUUGUUCAGUGUCCUUCAUGAACGACGGUCCCAGUUCCCAGUGCUGCACAUGGAGGUGAUUGUGCACCUGCUGCUCCAGAUAUCUGAUGCCCUGAGAUACCUGCAUUUCCAGGGGUUUAUCCACCGCUCCCUCAGCUCCUAUGCUGUCCAUAUCAUCUCCCCAGGUGAAGCGAGGCUGACCAACCUGGAGUACAUGUUGGAAAGUGAGGACAGAGGUGUACAGAGGGACCUGACUCGAGUGCCCCUUCCUACGCAGCUAUACAACUGGGCCGCACCAGAAGUGAUCUUACAGAAGGCAGCCACAGUGAAAUCAGACAUCUACAGCUUUUCUAUGAUCAUGCAGGAGAUUUUAACAGAUGACAUACCCUGGAAUGGCUUAGAUGGCUCAGUUGUUAAAAAAGCCGUAGUCUCGGGGAAUUAUUUAGAAGCUGAUGUCAGGCUUCCGAAACCUUACUAUGAUAUUGUUAAGUCAGGCAUCCACGUCAAGCAGAAAGACCGAACUAUGAACCUUCAAGAUAUCCGGUAUAUUCUGAAGAAUGACUUAAAGGAUUUUACUGGAGCCCAGAGAACUCAACCAACCGAGAGCCCCAGAGUGCAGAGAUACGGACUCCAUCCCGAUGUCAAUGUCUAUCUAGGACUGACUUCAGAACACCCCAGAGAGACCCCUGACAUGGAAAUCAUAGAGCUAAAGGAAAUGGGCAGUCAACCUCAUUCACCAAGGGUUCACUCUUUAUUCACUGAGGGGACACUAGAUCCUCAGGCCCCAGAUCCAUGUCUGAUGGCCAGGGAGACUCAGAAUCAAGAUGCUCCUUGCCCUGCUCCAUUUAUGGCAGAAGAGGCCAGCAGCCCCAGCACAGGUCAGCCAAGCCUCUGCAGUUUUGAAAUCAACGAGAUCUACUCAGGCUGCUUGAUUUUGGAAGAUGACAUAGAAGAGCCUCCAGGAGCUGCUUCAUCUUUGGAGGCAGACGGACCUAACCAGGUAGAUGAACUGAAAUCCAUGGAAGAAGAGCUGGAUAAGAUGGAGAGAGAGGCGUGUUGUUUUGGCAGUGAGGAUGAGAGCUCUUCAAAAGCUGAGACAGAGUACUCUUUUGAUGACUGGGACUGGCAAAACGGUUCACUCAGUUCACUCAGCCUUCCUGAGUCAACCAGAGAAGCCAAGAGCAAUUUGAACAACAUGUCCACGACUGAGGAGUAUCUCAUCAGUAAGUGUGUGCUGGAUCUAAAGAUUAUGCAGACAAUAAUGCACGAGAAUGAUGAUAGGCUGAGGAAUAUCGAGCAGAUAUUAGAUGAAGUUGAGAUGAAACAGAAGGAACAGGAAGAGCGCAUGUCUUUAUGGGCCACUUCAAGAGAGUUUACAAAUGCCUACAAGUUACCUCUGGCCGUGGGCCCUCCAUCUUUAAACUAUAUUCCUCCUGUCCUACAGCUUUCAGGGGGUCAGCAGCCAGACGCCAGUGGCAACUACCCAACCCUACCAAGAUUUCCAAGAAUGCUGCCGACUCUCUGUGAUCCUGGAAAACAGAACACAGAUGAACAAUUUCAGUGCACUCAAGGAGCCAAGGACAGUUUGGAAACAAGCAGGAUCCAAAAUACCAGUAGGAUGAGUGUGGAACCUGUUUCUUCUGAAAUCUAUAAUGCAGAGUCCAGAAAUAAAGAUGAUGGAAAGGUACACUUAAAAUGGAAAAUGGAGGUGAAAGAAAUGGCAAAGAAAGCAGCUACUGGACAGCUCACAGUACCUCCUUGGCAUCCUCAGAGUAGUCUGACUUUAGAGAGCGAGGCUGAAAAUGAGCCCGACGCCCUGCUGCAGCCCCCCAUUAAGAGCCCAGAAAACACGGAUUGGCAGCGAGUUAUUGAGUAUCAUAGGGAAAAUGAUGAGCCCAGAGGAAAUGGCAAGUUUGACAAGACAGGCAACAAUGACUGUGACAGUGACCAGCAUGGCAGACAGCCCAGGCCUGGAAGCUUCACCAGUAUCAGGCACCCAUCUCCCAGACAAAAGGAGCAACCAGAGCAUAGUGAAGCCUUUCAAGCAAGUUCUGACACAUUGGUGGCUGUAGAGAAAUCUUACAGUCAUCAGUCCAUGCAAUCAACUUGUUCACCAGAGUCUUCUGAGGAUAUAACAGAUGAAUUUUUAACUCCAGACGAUGAAUAUUUUUACUCCUCGACUGCUCAAGAAAACUUAGCUCUAGAGACCUCGAGUCCCAUAGAAGAGGACUUUGAAGGAAUACAAGGUGCAUUUGCCCAACCUCAAGUCUCUGGCGCGGAAAAGUUCCAAAUGAGAAAAAUUCUUGGAAAGAAUGCUGAGAUUUUGCCCAGGUCUCAAUUUCAACCUGUACGAAGUACUGAAGAUGAACAAGAAGAGACGUCAAAGGAGUCACCAAAGGAACUGAAAGAGAAAGACAUAUCAUUGACGGAUAUUCAAGACCUGUCUAGUAUCUCCUAUGAACCAGACAGCUCUUUUAAGGAAGCUUCAUGCAAAACACCCAAAAUAAACCAUGCACCUACCAGUGUCAGCACUCCGCUCAGCCCAGGGUCCGUUUCUUCAGCUGCCAGUCAGUAUAAAGACUGCCUUGAAAGUAUCACAUUUCAGGUUAAGACAGAGUUUGCCUCUUGCUGGAACAGUCAAGAAUUUAUUCAAACUUUGUCUGAUGACUUUAUAAGUGUCCGAGAGAGAGCAAAGAAACUGGAUUCUCUCCUUACUUCCUCUGAAACUCCCCCUUCAAGACUGACUGGUCUUAAAAGAUUGUCUUCAUUUAUUGGGGCUGGAUCCCCCAGCCUUGUUAAGGCAUGUGACUCAUCACCACCCCAUGCCACCCAGAGAAGGAGCCUGCCUAAAGUAGAAGCCUUCUCACAGCAUCACAUUGAUGAGCUGCCACCACCAUCUCAGGAGCUACUUGAUGAAAUUGAGCUCUUGAAACAGCAGCAGGGCUCAUCCACGGUGUUGCAUGAGAACACAGCAAGUGAUGCAGGAGGCACUGCAAAUGAUCAAAGGCACUUAGAAGAACAAGAAACUGACAGUAAAAAAGAAGAUAGUAGUAUGCUUUUGUCCAAAGAAACUGAAGAUCUUGGAGAGGACACAGAGAGAGCUCACUCUACUCUGGAUGAGGACCUGGAAAGAUGGCUGCAGCCACCUGAGGAGAGCGUGGAGCUACAAGACCUUCCCAAGGGCUCUGAAAGGGAGACAAAUAUCAAAGAUCAAAAAGUUGGUGAAGAGAAAAGAAAAAGGGAAGAUAGCAUUACACCAGAGAGAAGGAAAUCAGAGGGUGUUUUAGGGACUUCUGAAGAAGAUGAACUAAAAUCCUGUUUUUGGAAGCGACUAGGUUGGUCCGAAUCAUCCAGGAUAAUCGUGCUGGAUCAGAGUGACUUGUCAGACUGACUGGAAUUGGAUCAUAGAUGGACUCCUGGCCUGAGUUUGAGUGUCCUGGUUGUAAGCUCCUUUCUUCUCUUUCUGCUUCAGUUGCUGUCAGGGCAGCAUUUCCAGUUCUGUAAGUCUCACUUUGUUCAGCUGCCACAAUAGACAUCAUCAUUUGGCCCUCUCUGUUAGCAGCACAUUCAACCAUUUGUUUUCAGUCAGAUUUCUGAAAAGUGAGAGGUAGUUUUGAUUGUAAAAAUUUUUGGUUGUGCCUAGAAUGGCUUUGGUUUUGUUGAUGUUAAUUUUCAAAAACUUUAACUCUUGUUAUAUAAUAAAAUGUUUAAUUUUAAUAACA